UCGCUAACAGGAAGUGCGUCAUAGCCGUCCCGUCAGCCAACACUGCGCGGCACAAGUUGAAAACAAAUUCUAUUUUCCAAACAAAAAGGAAUCAGAAAAAGCGACAAACAUCUCUUUUGGCAAUUGUACCAACUACCUUGUGAGGAAUUUCGUUUAUCACCGGUAUCAUCUUUUUCUGUAAUGUUAGAGAAGUUGACUUAACUGAUCAAUUACUGUUGGUUUCGUAAUAUAACGUUAAACACCAACUAUUGCGUUCAUCCGUUUAGCUAACUGGUAGACUACCUAGCUAGCCAGCAAUGUAAAUUGUUGUAGCCACUAGCCAGAACGGAAUGUUGACACUGGGUUAGCUUGGCUGUUAUCUUCAGAAACUUUUAGUUUCAUUCGCGAAGGCCCGGCUGAAACUGAACUCAAACGAAACAUUAUGUCGAUCAGGGGGAAAUUCAAGAAAAGCAACGCCGACAAUGUCGGCUUAUCACACCUGGAGAAUUCGAAUGUCUGCGUCCAACACCGUAGCCCAAGGUGGAAAGCGCCCGACACGAUUCCGACCGGUAGACAGCUGCCUCGUACUCCUGUGAAGAGAACCUCACUCGUAGAAAAAAAUUGUGAGAUCGAAACAAGGGAUAUUCUGGUCACUAAGCGUGGAAUAAAUUCCGAGAAUGCCCCCUGUUUUUCCGCAGCGGUUCGGGGCAGUCCCGCGAAAGAUGACUUCAGCAAAGGCGUAGUUCCUGAACACCGUCAAAUGGAUGAAGGACUCCAGAGAAAGUUAAUUCGAAGACCUAGCACCAUCUUCGUUACAGAAAAACAACCAGAGGAGAUUAAUCCAGACUGUUUCAUUGAGGGAAUGGUGGGAUAUCAGUGGACGCAGGAAGACCUUGAGUUUGUGGAGAACACCAAAAACAAGAGAUUAAUCCAGCAGCAGAAGAGCGAGCUGAGUGUCUUGCUGAAGCAGCUGGAAGAGGUGCACAGGAAGAGGGAGCUCAUACUGGACAGCAGAGAGAAGUUCCGGACCAACCACCCAGAGUUCGCUGCCUUUGAUUUGACGAGGCUCCUGGCCCGGGACUUCCUCUCUCAGAGGGCUGAGGCAGCUGAAGUGGAAGCUCUAGACCCCGAAUCUCUACUGGCACAGAUCCAGGGGGCAGAUGUUCAGCGGGCUCUGUAUCAGGAGAGGGCUGAAUUGGCAGAGCUGGAAAAAAGAUGGACAACAGUGCAGAAACUAAGGAAACUUCAGGAAAAGCAGAGCAGGGAGGCAGAGCAACAGGAGGAUGCAAUACUCCAAAAACAGGCUAAGGUAGAUGGGCUGAAUACUGAACUGUCUGAGCUGAAGAUGAAGUUGUUGCAGGCAGAGAAUGCUCUGCAAGCCACACAGAAGCAGAUGGAGGCUCUGAAGGUCCCGGAGUCGGCUGUGGAUGAGAGCGAGGUGGACAUUGACAAAGUCCUCCGGCGUUCCAAGAGGAUUGAAAGAAGGAAGCAAAACUUUCUGGAGAGAGAAGAAAUCUUGAGGCAAAUCCAUUCUUUUAACUGACUGACUGAUCCUGAAACGUGUCCACUUCUUUGAUGUUUUAUGUGUUAAUGUAUGUUCUUGAGCAUAAAUGUGAAAUAAACUUGGUUUUACAUUCA